AUGGCGAUGAAGAACCUUCUUGCCCUUGUAGUUCUUCUUGGAGUUCUUGGAGUUUCGGUUUCCGUUCCAAAUGGAGGAGGCCUUGACCUUGACUACUACCGUCACAAGUGUCCCGACGCAGAAUCCAUUGUCCGUAGAAUCACGAUUCAAUAUGUUUCUCACCAGCGGAGUCUUGCUGCUGCACUUCUAAGGAUGCAUUUCCAUGAUUGUUUCGUUAGAGGAUGUGAUGGUUCCAUGCUUCUGAAAUCUCCAAACAAAGAUGCGGAAAGAGAUGCUUUCCCCAACUUGUCAGUGAGAGGCUAUGAAGUUGUGGAUGCCGCCAAGGCAGCCCUCGAGAAGAAGUGUCCCGGUGUUGUCUCUUGCGCUGAUGUUCUUGCCUUAGUCGCAAGAGACGCCAUCUUAGUGAUCCAAGGACCAUGGUGGCCGGUUCCAUUGGGACGGAGGGAUGGUCGCAUCUCAAAAGCAUCCGAGGCUAAUCUACCAUCGCCUUUCGUCAACGUAACUACACUGAAGACGAACUUCGCCGACAAGGGUCUUAACGCUAAAGACCUUGUCGUUCUUUCAGGAGCUCACACCAUCGGAAUCUCUAGUUGCGCCCUCAUCAACGCCCGUAUCUACAACUUUACUGGAAAGGGCGAUUUCGACCCGUCGAUGAACCCUAGCUACGUUAGGGCAUUGAAGAAAAGGUGCAAGCCCACUGAUCUCAGGACCCCAGUGGAGAUGGAUCCAGGCAGUGGCAAGAAGUUUGACACUCACUACUUCAGAGCCGUGGCUCAGAAGAAAGGUUUGUUCACCUCUGACUCGGCACUUCUCGAUGAUCCUGAGACCAAAAGCUACAUUGAAACACAAGCUGCUUCUGUUGAGUCUUCUUCAUUCGCCAAAGACUUCGCCGACUCAAUGGUCAAACUUGGUAUGAUCGAAGUACUCACUGGGGAAAACGGUGAGAUCAGGAAGAAGUGCGCUUUCGUUAACUGA